AUGGACGGAACUCUGUCUGGCUCUGUACCAUCAAGUGUGGACAUUGGUCGUGCCUUUGUGCGCCAAUACUACACGAUGCUUUCUGAGCGUCCGGAAGAAGCCUUUCGUUAUUAUGGAAAGGAAUCGGUUUUAAGCCAUGACGGAGGAACUGCCCUUGGACCAGAGGACAUUCAAAAGACCAUUGACGAGAUUGCUUUCCACGAUAGCAAGUUUCGAAUCUACUCUAUUCAGGGUUCAUCAACGCUUGCUGAUGGAAUCGUUCUUCAAGUGAUUGGAGAGAUUAGCCUUCACAAUGCACCAAGACGAAAAUUUGCGCAAACUUUUGUGUUGGGACAACAACAAGCGAAGAAAUUCUAUGUCCAGAACGACAUCUUUAUGUAUCACGAUAAGGCUUUUGAAAAUGAUGGCGAAUCACAAGGAGCUGUCACUGAGCAAAUUCAAUCAACGAAACUGAAUGGCCAUCUUUCACAACAAAAUGAACCAUCACCCAAGAAAGAUCUACUAGCCAAUGCUCCAUUAAAGAGUUUUGACGAUACGGCCUCUUACGUGAAAAUUCCACAAAAAGAGCGCAUUGAAGUCGUCGAGGAAGAAAAACCAAAACCUGAGAAGCCAAAAGUGGAACAACCAGCUGAAGCACCAAAGCCACCGGCCCCACAAGUUCCAUCUGCCCCAAAAACAUGGGCAACAAACCCCCGACAACAGCCAAGUCAGCGAGACUCGUCACAGCAGCAAGAUGCGGGAAAUCGAAAAAUCUUUGUCUCCAACAUCAUUCGUCACACAAAUCCAAGUGAUACUCGGGCACCCGCUGAAGAAUUGAAAAAAUUCUUUUCUACCAUUGGCGAGGUCGACAGUGUCCACAUUCCAAGCAAAAUUCUUGAUAAGUCCGAAAAUCAAGCUGCGUACGCUUUCUUGACAAUGAAAACCUCGAGAGAUGCCAAAAAAGUGAUCGACGCCGCUGUGGAAGAUGAAGGUGGCUACAAGACUUUGAAGAUCUCCGUGCCAUCAUUUGGAUUUGACGACGUUGUCAAUGAGGAUUUCGUGGUGGAUUUGAACGCCGAGGAGGACGCGGAGGUCAACAGAGCCACAAUUGAGAUUGCACAAGCUUGGAAGGAGCAUUUGUUUUUAAAUCAACGCUGCAUUGUUGGAGUGAAACUA